UCUCGUUUGAAGAUCGCAGACGUGCGGGCGCUUCUCUGUGACAGGCGGGAAGAACAUUUGGGAAAUAUUAAGACAGGAUAAGACUAUAAGUACGGUCAUGAUAACGGGUAGAUUUAAGAAAACUUAAAGGACUUUCACUCGUGUUGCCCUCUGCCAGGCUUACACACCGGUUGAAGAAGACUUUAGCAAGUUUGAACUAGGGCAGGGGUCUCCAUCACAGAUCACUGGACAUAAGGCACUCUCCUCCUCCUCUUCCUCCUCCUCCUCUUCCUCCGUGAGAUUCAUCCCAACCUACAGAGACAAUGCUCUCUCACCCAUGACAACAAUGAUCCAGUCUGCAAUGCUGACAUUCCUGGUGCAUACACUCCUCAUCAUCUCCCAUGGGGUCGUGUGUAUGGAGCCAGAGAGACAACCACCUCCAGAGGAAGCAGACCUCCCAAGGCAGUCCCAUCUCUGCUGUGACACACUGCCCCCCCACCCCCAGCCCACCCAGCCUGGGAGGUCCAGGGGGGACCUGUCUGACUCAGGGAACCCCCACAGCCCCUGCAUCUACUCCACCAGCACAGCGUCUCCUCGACCCCCCACAGAGAGUCAAGUCUCUUUGGAUAUCCAGUGCGUAAUUGAUGCAAGCGGGGAGAAAGUAAUUUGCCGACUCAAACCUCACAAAGGAUCGUCAAACUCCACUGUCGGGCUCACAGCAGUUACCUUGCGGCGUUUGGCACGCGGCGAGGAGAGAGAGGGCGAGCUCGUGAACGGGAUGGGUGCCGUCGACGGCGCCGGAGCGUGUCCCUCUGGGUGCUCCAUCGCCGUCAGCGCCGUCGUCGUGGCAACCGUGAACGUGUCCGGAGGCGUGGCCCCCCCGGUGCUGCUCUGCUCCCUUCCCGUUACCGGUAAACCAGACCCACCAGUGAAUGUAGCACCCAGUGUGACCCCUGAUGGAGACCUCCUGCUCAGUUGGAGUUCUUCACCGCUCCGCCCCGGGCCGCUCCGCCACGCCCCCAGCACCCCCCCCCGCUGCCUGGAAGCAUAUAGAGGUGAUCAGGGAAUCCAGGGUUGCUCUGCUGGACGUGAGAGUGGAGGUCCCCUAGUGGUCCAGGUCCGCUCCCUCGCUCCGCCCCCGUCCUUGACUCCGAGCCACUGGAGCCAGCCUCACCCCGACCUGCUGGAGUACGAGAGCUACUUCCCUGAGAGGAUGGUGGUCCAUCGUGGGGCUGAAGUGAGUGUCCGCUGCUUGUUCAACGACUCCGCCGCCAACUCCAGCACCUCCGUCUGGUUCCUGAACGGGCACCUCCUUCAGGUCCAGCCCGCGGUGGUCAGCGCCCGGGUCAGCCAGAUCACCCUCCGGCCGCCUGAGGAGAGGCUGUACAGCAUGCUGCAAUGCUACCAGACCAGCGCCGACACGUACCAGUUUAAGAUUCCCUACGCCAAGAUCUACGUCCAAGGAGCGCUCAUCGAUAUCCGCUGUGUGACCAACGGAGACAUGGACCGCAUGACCUGCAGGUGGAACAACAGCCACUGGGAGGAACCUGCCUUUUUCUCCAGGUGGGAAGCUGUGACCUGUGACAUCAUGGAGGAGGAAGGAGAGGAGGAGGCUCGGAGCAUGGAAGGGGGAAGUGAGGUCAACGGGACAAAGUGUCAAACCGUGAAGGAGGAGGGGGAGGAGAGGAGCUGUACCCUGCGGCUGCUCAGAUACACCUUCUGCUACAAGCUGUGGCUGCAGAUCCAGUCAGACGACGGCCCCGUGAGGUCACAUCCUGUCUACGUCACGCCCAAUGAAAAUGUGAAGCCCAGGCCUCCGUCGCAGGUGGAGGCGGAUGUCUUGCCCAGCAGGGUGCUGAAGCUGCUCUGGCUGUUUCCCAAACUGCCCCCGGGCGACUUCCAGUCCCAGGUCCGCUACCGCCCCGCCACUGGCCGCCAAUGGCAGGAAGUGGGGCCUGUGAGUGAGGCAGGGGUGGAGGUCCGGGUGUCUGACGUCUGCGGGGUGUACCAGGUCCAGGUCCGCUGCAGGCCCACCAUCGGGACCGGCUACUGGAGUGACUGGAGCAAGACGGUCGACUCCAAAACUCUCAACCGCAGUGCUCCCCUGCAGGGUCCAGACUUCUGGAGGAUUCUGGAAGAGGACCUGAACAAGACCUACGUCACCCUGCUCUUCAAGCAUGUCUCUGCGCUGGAGCCGUCCUACUGUGUAGAGGGUCUUGUAGUACAGCACCAGGCCUCUGGGAGCGCUGUGCUCAGGGAGCCCAUAGCCCUGGUUCCUUCCCAUAGGUUUGAAUGGAGGGAGGAGGUUCACACAGUGACGGUGGAGGCCCAGAAUCGCUUGGGGUCUUCACGUCACAACAUCAACAUGACCUUGGACCGACGCGUCAAACGUCCGUGCUUGCGCUGGUUCAGGGCGUCCCUGGUGAACAGUAGCUGUGUGGGGCUCUCUUGGGGCCUGCUGCCUGGUAGCUCCGCCCCCUGGUCCCUGGUGGUGCAGUGGAGGAUGGGGCCCCAGCACGGCCACGGCCUGGCCUCCGAGAGCAGUCUGAAGUGGGCCAGGGUGCCGUUCACCGACCGCGUCUUCUACCUGCACGGUGAAUUCUACGGCUCUGAAGAGUACGAGUUCAUCUUGUACCCCAUAUUUGUGGACAGAGAAGGAGAGCCGAUGCACGCUAAAGACACUAGAGGGCCCCCUGCAGACUACAUGCUCCUGUUUAUGAUCACCUUCCUUGCUAUCGUCCUCUUCGUCACUCUCGUCAUGUCCCAGAACCACAUGAAGAAGCUGCUGUGGAGGGAGGUUCCUAACCCCACCCACUGCUCCUGGGCCCAGGGCCAGGACUUUCGGAAGGCGGACACCAUUGCCCACCUGUUCAGACCCCCAGAGGGUCUCCCCGCCUGGCCUCUCCUCCUGGUGUCCGAGACGAUCUCUGAGGUGGUCAUCAUGGAGAAGACCAGCCCUCCCCACCCCGGCCCUCUCCCCCGCUCCAGGCCCCGCCCUGGGCAGGACCCCCCCAGAGGCCACCCGGACCCAGCCCCCUCCUCCAGCCCCAGCCAGGGGUUUGGGUCUGGGCUCUCCAGGACGUCGGAGAGCUCGGCCCAGUCGUCCGUCACCUACGCCACCGUUCUCCUCUCUGACAAGCCACGCCUCCUCCACGCGCAGGACGGGGGCAGCAGUUCCAGCGACGAGGGCAACUUCUCCGCCAACAACUCGGACAUCUCGGGGUCCUACCCCGGGGGGCUGUGGGACCUGGACCCUCUGCGGACAGGGGGGCCCGACCCUCGGCGCUCCUGCUCCUUCAACUCCGUGGAGGAGUUCUCCGAAGCGUCGGAGCAGGAGGACGAGGUGUUGGGGGGGGAAAGGGAGGGGAAGGGCCUGUACUAUCUAGGGAUGGGCUCUCUGCAAAGGGAAGAAGGUGAGGAGGAGGAGGAGGAGGAGGAAGGGAGGGUGGAGGAAAGGAAAACGAUGCUUCUCCAAGAUGUGGGUGUGGAAAGGGAGGCGUCGUGGGUCGAGUCCAACUCUCUGCUUGGGCGGGGUGGCCCCAGGUUCGAGUCCAGCGAGGGGGGGUCAGGUGACAAGGCAGGAGGUGUCGCACUCUACCUGCCUCAGUUUAGAACUGCACCCAGCAUGCUUCACACAGAGGAAACCCCAGACAGCGCCCCCCAGCUGUGAGAUGUGGGACUUGCUCCGGAUGCUGCGGCUCAGUUUGUCAGGCCAGAAUGGAAACAGAGAAGGAUGUCAUAGUCUCUUCAUGUCUGCACACAUCUCUGUCAACAACAUGGAUGAACUGUAUAUCCAUGGACUGUCGUGCCUAAAGAAUAAGUGCUUUCAGUCUAAAACGUCAGCUGUUAUCUGUGUUCGGGGUCGGAAACGUUUCAUCAAGUGCUGCUCUACCUUCAGAAAACAGAGGAAGGGAUUCCAGAGGAAGGAUAAAGAAGAGGGAGGAAAUCUCACCUUCUCAUCUUUCCUGGCAAGGUUUAGGUUCAAUUUCCACUGGCUGCUAUGUUCUCACCAGAUUGGACAAGCAUUACUGGGAAUUCACUUCAGAUGCAGAUGCGAGUGGCUCUCAAGCUCCAACUCUACUGUGUCAGAGUGGCUGGUCUGUUGUGGAAAUAUGACUUCAGGAGUGUUGCUUUUGAGACUGACGUCUCAAUGAAUGUCUCUCUUUGCUGUCGUAUACUGUAACUACUGUAUUUGAAUGUUUGUUACAAAGUGCUAUAAACAAGACAUCUAUUUUCACCAUGCGUAAUUUUCUAUUGAAAGCUGUUGAAAGUCGUUGCAGGUUAGGACAAAAGAAUGUACGCCAUUUGCAUCCAAUGAAAAAAGAAAACGAUAUAAAGUGUAGGUGCAGUACAAUGCGCUUUCAGAAUAUUUUUGUGGUCAAAAUAAAAUAUUUAUUGC